AUGCGUUCACCACAAGAAAUCGCAGCAGAGUUGGCAUACCUUGUUGGACAGCUUUACGAGGUUGAUGUCUCCACACCAGACACAGUACCAUGCAAAUACAAGGUGGAGGGGGAUCCAGAGAGUUGUCUUCUAAUCCUUCCAAGGAGCUCACAGAUGGUCCAGUUGUGGGGGAAGUACAAACAGGUCAGGGCGGAAUUUCUCGAGGCGAAGGUCAGGGCCAGAGCGAAGGCCUUGGAGGCAACAACGUCAGUCACCACGACCGAGGAGACGCUGCAGACGCUGGAGGCAACCUCACCCGAGGGCGCCUCAGACAUAGCCACGGCUAGGGUCUCGCAGACAAAAGCUCGGAAAGUCAGGUUCAAAGAGCCCUCCGACCGGCGACGACGGUCAAACAAAUCAAACAAACGUCGGGGCGGUGGACCUCCUAGCCAGAUCAGCUGGGUCUUAGUCCACUGUCCUAGAACCCUGGAAGUCUAG